AUGCGAAAAACCAAGUCCAAAGCUACUGGGAUAAUUCAAGAUGAUUCGACUAUAGCAGAAUCAUUCGAUGCUCGAGCCCAACGGCCAGAUUGUCCGUCGAUUCACUCUACCCGUGAUCAGUCCGCAUGUGGUUCAUGCUGGGCGAUCGCAACCGCUGAAGCAAUAACGGAUCACAUUUGCACUGCUUCAAAGGGCCUACAUCAAGUCGUUAUUUCGACUGACGACAUCCUCUCAUGCUGCACAUCUUGUGGCAAUGGGUGUGCACUUCCCUCUGAUAACAUACUCCGUAAUAACUCUGUAAUAUUAAUAGCAGCUUUUAGGUGCAAUGGAGGCUAUCCGUAUAAAGCUUGGUAUUACUGCGUAAACACUGGCGUCGUUACUGGAGGCAACUAUACUUCUCAGACUGGUUGCAAGCCCUAUACCUUCCCACCGUGCGACUAUCACAUCAGCGCUACUCAUUAUGUGGUAUGUGGAGAUAGAAAGCAGAAGAAAGGUGCCCAUCGGAAGGUUAUCAAGCAAACUGUGAGAAUAUGUGCUAGGUCAACUAUCCAACCUCUUACAAGAACGACAAGAACUACGGUAAUUGACACAGUAUUCUGCAAACAAAAUACAGAUCCGUCAUUCAAAUGA